AAAGCCCUUACAAGUGUAUAAGAAACUGCAAAGACAAGUGAAAAGAAAGGGGAAGAGAAUGAGAUUUAGAUUUGCUGUGUUUUGUAUGGUGUCGGAAUGAAACAAAAAUUAAUCUCCUUUAUCUUUGAAAAGCUAUGCCUCUGCAAGAAGAAGAGAUUCAGCAGAUUCAAACUCCACCAUUGUUGAUUUUCGACUGGCUCAGUUGUGAAGAAAACGGAAGCCAAAGUUGUGGCGAAACUGAAACAGUUGAAAAUGAGACAUUUUUACCUUUGUUUCUUAUUGAACAUGAUCUGCUCUGGGAAGAAGAUGAGUUAAUCUCUUUAAUGUCAAAAGAGAAACAAACCCAUCAUUGUUUAAUUGAUGUUAACUCAGAUGAGUCUUUGAUUUCAGCUCGUGAAGAAGCUUUGGAGUGGAUCUUCAAGGUUAAAGCUCGCCAUGAGUUCAAUGCUUUAACCAUAGUUCUUGCAGUGAAUUACUUUGAUAGGUUCAUUUCAAGCUUUAAGUUCCAAAAAGAUAAGCCAUGGAUGGGGCAAUUAGCUGCUGUUGCUUGUUUGUCUUUAGCUGCAAAGGUCGAGGAACUCCAAGUGCCACUUCUUUUAGACCUCCAAAUUGAGGAAGCAGAAUUUGUGUUUGAUUCAAAAACUGUACAAAAAAUGGAGCUUUUGGUGUUGUCUACUCUGCAAUGGAGGAUGAAUCCUGUGACCCCAAUUUCCUUCUUUGUUCACAUUACAAGGAGGCUUGGACUGAGGACUCAUUUGCAUUGGGAAUUCCUUCACAGUUGUGAACAAUUACUUCUCAUUCUCAUUGCAGAUUCGAAGUCCAUGCUUUAUGUUCCUUCAAUAUUAGCUGCUGCAACAAUGUUGUAUGUCAUUAAAGAUAUUGAACCAGGCCAUUACCUUGAAUAUAUGAAACAGCUUAUUCUAGUACUCAAGACAAAUGAGGCUGAAGUAACUGUGUGCUGUGAGCUCAUCUCCGAGUUAUUGGAAGGAAAAUGCAAACGAAACAAAGGUGGAAAAUGCAAGCAUGGAUCAAUAUCAAGCAGUCCUGAUGGUGUUAUUGAUGCAUUGUUUAGCUGCGGUAACUCGGGUGAUAUGUGGACUAUGCCGUCAUCACCACAGCUGCUAUUCAAAAGGAGUAGAUCAAAGGAUCAGCAAAUGCGGCUACCUUCGGUAAAUCGUAUGUUCAUCGAUGUGCUUAGUAGCCCUCGUUAAUCUUUCCUUGUCAUAAUAACUAGUAGCAUCAAACAUGUUACUUAGAAUUUGUUCUUUUGCACAUUAGCGGAUGUAUUUGUUCUUAAUUUGCAAUCAAUGUGCUUCAUAGAUUAAUGUUACCUUCAUGGCCAAAUGUGCUAUAUAACAUGGAUCGGAGAUGGAUUGAUAUCCCCCAAAAUUUUCAACUUAGGAGGUCGGUUUGGAAUUUUCCGAUGAGUAGAUUGAUAGUUUUU